AGCGCCGCUUCCGGGUCGGAGCGGAAAUACGUCACUGCCUCCACGGCAACAGAGAGACUUCCGGGAAAACCAGGAAGUGCUACAGCGUUGCUAUGGCGACCGCGGCACAGGCCGCGGCUCUGGUGGCGGUGGCCGCGCUGUGGGGCGGCAGCGGCCCCUUCCUGCGGGCGGCAGCGGCGGGCAUGGAGGAACUGCGGGGCCGCGGCCGCCUGGGACAGCUGCUGGCAGAGCUGCGCUUCCUCAGCCUCAACCGCCAGUACCUGGUGCCCUUUGUGCUGAACCAGGCUGGAUCCCUCCUCUUCUACCUCACCUUGGCCUCCACAGACCUGUCCCUGGCAGUCCCACUCUGCAACUCCCUGGCUUUGGUUGUGACCUUGGUGACUGGGAAAAUCCUGGGAGAGGACAUUGGUGGGAAAAGAGCUGUGGCAGGAAUGCUGCUCACCCUGCUGGGAGUGUCCCUGUGUGUGGCUGGGGCCUGAAGGAGAAGCAGAGCAGCAGAACCUGAUCCAAGUUCUGCUUCUGAUCGUGCUCCAGGCUCAGCUAUGGGAUGGCAAAAUCCAUGGAUUGCAUUCCCUGAGCACCAGGGGGGCAGCAGGCCAAGGACAGCAGCUCUGUGCCCAAAGGGAUUUUUGCUUUCAGGACCACCAUGGUUAAAUUGUCCCGUUCAGUACUGGAGGGGUAAGAAAUGGUUAAUAAAUGAUGCAGUGUGACCUGCUGGCACUGAUGGGUUUUUGAUUAUCCCUAAGCCUCUGACCACCCCAAAACUCUUCAAGCAGCCCCUUACUGAGCCCAAACUCUUCCAAGCACCCCAAACCCACCUGAGCACCCUCCUGAGCACCCCAAACCCUCCUGAUCAUCCCAAACCCACCUGAGCACCCCAAACCCACCUGAGCACCCUCCUGAUCAUCCCAAACCCUCCUGAGCACCCCAAACCAUUCUGAUACCCCAAACCCACCUGAGCACCCUCCUGAUCAUCCCAAACCCACCUGAGCACCCCAAACCCUUCAAACAACCCCAAACCCUUCCAGGCAGCCCCUCAAUGAGCACAAAUUUUUCUGCCAAGCCCAAAACAAAACCCUUCCAGCCACUCCAAGCCCUUCUGACUACCCCAAACCCACUUGAGCAGCCUCCUGAGCACCCCAAACCCACCUGAGCACCCCCCUCACCACCCCAAAUCCUCUUGAGCAACCUCCUUACCACCCUAAAUCCUCCUGACCGCCCUAAACCCUUCUGAGCACUCCCAACCCUUCUGAGCAGCCUCCUGACCACCCCAAACCCUCCUGAGCAGUCUCCUGACCACCCCAAACCCUUCUGACCACCCCAAACCCUUCUGACCACCCUAAACCCUCCUUGCUGAGCCCAGCCCCUUCCCAGCCCAGUUUCCAUGGAUACAAACCCAGCAGCAGGAAGUUGUGGCCACAUCCAACACUCUCAGAGCAUCAGGAACCACAGGGUUCUUUGAUCCUCCAGGAUUUGAUCCUCAAGGAUUUA